CUCAUUUGAGCGCUGCACAACAUGGGGGACGGAGAACUGUUUGUAAAAUUGCAGUCAUGACAGCAGGGAAUAACGGACAGUGUUAAUAUUAGGACAUGAAGGUAAGGGACUUCAGUUGAAGGCAAUCUGAAAUCCACAGAGGAGGAUGUUGUGUGUCCAGCUGUGCCUCUGGCUUCAGCCUGGGACUCGAGUUUGUGCUGUUACCAGACAGAGCAUCCAUAAGCUUGCCUCACUCCAGAAGGCCACAGCGCUUCCCCAAAAGAAGAUGCAAAGCUUACUCUACCCCUUUAGCAAGCUACAGGGUUAUCUGGACAGGUCUGUGGACAAAUCACAGUUCCAGCUCUUUCAUCCUAGUUUGGAGGACAUGUUGGAAGCAGAGAAGCUCUUCUGCUCUUCACCUUCUCACAAGAUAGAUUACUACAUUUCUGCAGAGAGGAUGGACCAUGCACCUGCACUCAAACAACCAGAGGUGUGUUUCAUCGGCAGAAGCAAUGUGGGCAAGUCGUCUCUCAUCAAAGCACUGUUUUCCCUGACUCCUGAGGUCGAAGUCAAAGUCUCCAAAACUCCAGGUCACACAAAGAAGAUGAACUUCUUCAGAGUGGGCAAAGCAUUCACCAUUGUGGACAUGCCAGGCUAUGGGCACAAUGCACCUAAGGACUUUGUGGAUAUGGUAGAGCCUUAUCUUUACACGAGGAAAAAUCUGGUGAGGACGUUCCUGUUGGUUGAUGGCAGUGUUGGUUUGCAGAAAGCUGACCUGAUCGCCCUGGAGAUGUGCGAGGAGAUAAAGUGUCCAUAUGUGAUGGUGGUGACGAAGAUUGACAAAUGUGGACAUGGAACGCUGCUGACAAACUUAAUCAGUCUACAGGAUGUGGUUAAAACCCAGACCACAAACUGCUUCCCCCAGCCGUUUCUGAUCAGCUCCCUGAAUUUUGGGGGGGUCUACUUCCUGAGAUGCUUCAUUGCCCAUGUAACAGGGAGCAUCAGAUUAAAGGACACCUGUCAAAGCUGAUGAGAGGCCAGCUCGUGUGGAAAUAGGACUUGACAAAGGUUUGUCCUUUAUCACCUUGUGUUGAACGUUUCUACAAAAACAGACACUGUAGGAUUGUUGCACCAUACACCUAGAGACAUAUUUUCUAAUAAAAUGUGACGCACUUCUUUGUUGGUUUGGUUGGUUAUCGUUUUACUGUAGUUACAGAUUACAGUAUUUUAUACAGAUUGCAGACAGAUACCCCGAAGCAUACUAAAUGCCUAAUAGGCAAUGGAUGCUGGAAAACCAAUAGUCCUCUUUCCCUCACAAUAAAAAUAUGAUCAUAUCAUGCAUGGAUUAUUAAAAACCUCAGUGCAGUUUUUUUUAGUACUCACAAACAUGUUCAACUGGAUAUUUUUUCAAUACUAUAUACUAUUUUGAGCAACAUUCAUUGUAGUGGAUACCACACAUUAACAGUUUAAAGUGCACUUCAGGACAAUUACAAGUGAAAAGGGUAAAACAUUUUUGGCUAACAGGUAUCAUUAUGACACUUGCACAGCUGAUUACCUACAUCAAGAUUUUUCUUUUUUUUCUUUUUUGCAUUACAAGCUUAAAGAAAUGUUAUGUUUAAAUAUGCAGAUGCCUGUAUUAUGUCAUUAAAAAUGUGAAAAUGUGCAUUCAUUUUCAGAACAGAAAUCUAACAUUUGUGAAAGUCACGUUCAAAAUUUGUGUUUCGUUUUGUUCAUGUAUUGGAGUGAAAUGUUUUCUUUAAGAGGACAUUUUGGAUAUCUCUUUUCAUCACUCACUAAAUUGGAAUAUCAGCAGUCAGAAAAAAAAUCACUCUUUGCUACGUUUUGGGAAAUAAAAUAUUCUAUAUUUGGGCUGUGAAUUAUAUAUGAACAAACCCUUGUGUAAAAAACUGUGAAGAAUGUGGCUUAGAGUACUAAGUCAAAAAGUCAUUUGGUGAAUUUCCAUCCAUCUUUUAUUUUACUCCACAAUUUAGGGAAAAGGUCUGAGCAAAUAACAUCAUACAACCUGCCCAGUUUAUUACUUAUAUGUGAGUAUUCUGCAUUGUGCAGAAUAGACAAAAUGCAAUAAAAUGAAUACCUAAAUCUGUA